UGAUCGUUUAUUGUGUUUUGAAACGUGAAGUAGUGAACGUGAACUGUGGUGAAACUCAAAUCGGAAAUGGCUCGUACCAAGCAAACUGCACGCAAAUCGACUGGUGGAAAGGCGCCACGCAAACAACUGGCUACUAAGGCCGCUCGCAAGAGCGCCCCUGCGACUGGAGGUGUAAAGAAGCCCCACCGCUAUCGCCCUGGAACAGUGGCCUUGCGUGAGAUCCGUCGCUACCAAAAGAGCACAGAGCUUCUGAUCCGCAAACUGCCUUUCCAGCGUCUGGUGCGUGAAAUCGCUCAGGACUUUAAGACUGACUUGCGAUUCCAGAGCUCGGCUGUUAUGGCCCUGCAGGAAGCUAGCGAAGCCUAUCUGGUUGGUCUCUUUGAAGAUACCAACUUGUGUGCCAUUCAUGCCAAACGUGUCACCAUAAUGCCGAAGGACAUCCAAUUAGCGCGACGCAUCCGCGGCGAGCGUGCUUUUGCAACGUCCGCUUCUCCAGUGGCUGCCCCAUCCGCGACAGUUGAGAAAAAGGUGGCCCAAAAAAAGGCAUCUGGAUCUGCCGGCACAAAGGCAAAGAAAGCCAAUGCGGCGCCGUCACAUCCGCCAACUCAGCAAAUGGUGGACGCUUCGAUUAAAAAUUUAAAGGAACGUGGCGGCUCAUCACUUCUGGCAAUAAAAAAAUAUAUCACUGCCACUUAUAAAUGCGACGCCCAAAAGUUAGCUCCAUUCAUCAAGAAGUACUUAAAAUCGGCCGUGGUCAAUGGAAAGCUUAUCCAAACAAAGGGAAAGGGUGCAUCUGGAUCAUUUAAACUUUCGGCCUCCGCCAAGAAGGAUAAGGAUCCGAAGGCGAAGUCGAGGGUUUUGUCUGCUGAGAAAAAAGUGGAAAGCAAGAAGGUAGCAUCCAAGAAGACUGGUGGCAAAGUGAAGGGAAAGGCAAAGUCCCGCUCCAACCGUGCCGGUCUUCAAUUCCCUGUGGGCCGUAUUCACCGUCUGCUCCGGAAGGGCAACUACGCCGAGCGUGUUGGUGCAGGCGCUCCAGUUUACCUAGCAGCCGUAAUGGAAUAUCUGGCCGCUGAAGUUCUCGAGUUGGCAGGCAAUGCUGCUCGUGACAACAAGAAGACUAGAAUUAUUCCGCGUCAUUUACAGCUGGCCAUCCGCAACGACGAGGAGUUAAACAAGCUGCUCUCCGGCGUCACUAUUGCCCAAGGAACUGUGGUGAAACUCAAAUCGGAAAUGGCUCGUACCAAGCAAACUGCACGCAAAUCGACUGGUGGAAAGGCGCCACGCAAACAACUGGCUACUAAGGCCGCUCGCAAGAGCGCCCCUGCGACUGGAGGUGUAAAGAAGCCCCACCGCUAUCGCCCUGGAACAGUGGCCUUGCGUGAGAUCCGUCGCUACCAAAAGAGCACAGAGCUUCUGAUCCGCAAACUGCCUUUCCAGCGUCUGGUGCGUGAAAUCGCUCAGGACUUUAAGACUGACUUGCGAUUCCAGAGCUCGGCUGUUAUGGCCCUGCAGGAAGCUAGCGAAGCCUAUCUGGUUGGUCUCUUUGAAGAUACCAACUUGUGUGCCAUUCAUGCCAAACGUGUCACCAUAAUGCCGAAGGACAUCCAAUUAGCGCGACGCAUCCGCGGCGAGCGUGCUUAAGUUGUCAAGGCUUCAACUGGCAGCCCAAGCCCUAGCAUACUCUACAAUCGGUCCUUUUCAGGA